AUAAGUGUGCUGCUAAUUGCAAUCGACUCUAUAUCACGGAUGAAUCUUAAACGGAGUAUGCCAAAAACUGCCAAGUACCUACAUGAUAAUCACUGGAUCGAAUUACGAGGAUAUAAUAAAAUAGGCGAAUCAACAUACCCAAAUGAAGUAGCAUUAUUAACUGGGCUACCGCCAUCUGACAAAACUUGUAAUCCAUUGUCCAGACAUGGACUGAAUGAGUGCCCGUUUAUUUGGAAAAACUUUUCCUCGAAAGGUUAUAUCACUGCUUUUGGUGAAGAUAAUCCAUCAAUAAAUACUUUUAAUUAUAAUAAACAAGGAUUUUAUAAUCAACCAACUGAUUAUUACAUGAGGCCCUUUUUCUUGGGUAUGAGAUCACAUAUGGCAGCAAGUGGUAUUAAAGAUUUUUUCUGUACGGGUCCUGUUGAGGCUGCUCGACGUAUUUAUGACUAUGCCUUAAAUUUUACAUCAAAAUUUAGGUAUGAUCCAUAUUUUGCUUUGUUCUGGACAAACUCAUUCAGUCAUGAAAUAGCUGGGUUGCCUCUUACAAUGGACAUUGAAACUUUGACAUUUUUAGACGAUUUGAAAGAAAAUGGAGCCCAAAAUUCAUCUGUGAUAUUUUUCUUUAGCGAUCAUGGAAUUCGGCGUGGUGAAAGCUUUAAAUCGUAUACUGGAUAUUACGAAUUGCGGCUGCCUUUUUUCUUCGCAUCUUUUCCUCCGUGGUUUAAAGAGAUGUAUCCAAAAUUAAUGAAGGAUUUUAGAAUUAAUGCGAAUCGUUUGACAACUCCUUAUGACGUAUAUUCCACACUUCUGCAUUUGUUAACGAUUAAUGAAGAUAAAAGAUCAAUGCGGAGCGCAAAAUGUUGUUCAGAAAGUAAUAGUUUGCUUGAGCCAAUAGAUUCUUCCCGAACUUGCAAAGAAGCCCGCAUAGAACCUCAAUGGUGCACUUGCGGAGAAUUUUUAGAACACGAUGACAAUGGUUUAGUGCUUAAGGAGAUGGCCCUCUCAGCUGUUGAUCAUUUGAACGAGUUUGGUCAAAGCAAAAAUAUAACACUCCAUCGAGUUUUGUUUGGACGAUCUACUGAUGGUACUCUAUCAAAUACAUUUGAAAAUGUUAUUGUCUUUGAAACUACUCCGGGAUAUAAACGUUAUGAAGCAAUUGUAUCCAGAAAUAAACAUGAUAAAUUUAAUAUCGUUGAUAAAAUUAGACCACUGAUUGCAGAGGAAUAA